GCCGAGGCGCACGCGCCGCCCGGUGCGGGGCGAUCGCGCCGCUUCGUUACAUUGUAUCCGCCGGCGGCGCGAGAACAAUAGGCGCCGCCGCCGCCCGCCGGCCCUGGGCGCCGCGGCCGCCGCCCGGUGCCCGGUACUCGCUGCCCGCCCCGGUAUUCGCGGGACCUUCAUGCGCUUCCCCUCCCCCCGCCUGGGGUGCGCGCCUGCCCCGGAACAGGGCUGCCACUGUUGAGUCUGUGGGAGUAUGAAUCAGCAGCAGCAGAGAAUGGCUGCAGUUGGGACAGACAAAGAGCUCAGUGACCUGCUGGACUUCAGUAUGAUGUUUCCCCUGCCAGUGGCUAAUGGAAAAAACAGACCCACGACCCUAGCAAGCACUCAGUUUGGAGGAUCAGGUUUGGAUGAAAGACCAGGAUCAGGUUCCUGGGGAACGGGAGAUCAAAACAGCUCCACGUUUGACCAAGGCAGGCAGAGCUAUGGCGAAGGGCCUCACUACGGCGAGCACCGGGACCUGCCGGCUCACAACACCUUAACUUCGUCACCAUUCCUGGGAGCUGGACUCGUGGGGAAGGGCAGUGACAGAGCCUCGUACUCCACGUUCGGCAGAGACGCAGGGAUCCCAGGACUCAACCAGACUGGUUUCCUGCCCAGUGAGAUGGGGAUCGCCAGCCCGAGCACCCUGUCCCCCACUGGGGUGAAAGGAGGCUCCCAGUAUUUUUCUUACCCCAACAAUCCUCGCAGGAGAGGUGCUGAGAGCAACAUAGAUGGACAGCCCAAGAAGGUUCGGAAGGUGCCUCCUGGACUCCCUUCCUCGGUGUAUCCAUCCAACUCAGGUGAUGACUACAGCAGGGAUCCAGCUGGAUAUACUCCCUCGAAGCCUCCCAGCACUGUGUAUCCUGGAGCCUUUUACAUGGCAGAUGGGCUCCAUAACUCGCCAGACCUGUGGAGUUCACCAGGUGCCAUGAGCCAGUCGAGUUACGGUGCCAUGCUGGGCAGCUCCUCCUCCCCACUCCCGCAGUCUGGUGGCUUCAACAGUUUACAUCAGCACGAACGCAUGAACUACCAGCUGCAUUCAGGGGAGGUGAACGGGGGGCUGCCCUCUGUGUCUGGCUUCUCCUCGGCCUCCACACCCUACGGCGUCUCCAGCCACACUCCCCCGAUCAGCGCCACCGACACCAUCAUGGGUAACAGAGGAACCACCGCCGGGAGCUCUGGAGAUGCCCUCGGGAAGGCACUAGCUUCAAUCUAUUCCCCUGAUCACUCUAGCAAUAACUUCUCCUCAAACCCCUCCACACCAGUCGGCUCCCCUCAGGGGCUUGCAGGCACGGCGCAGUGGUCGCGGGCGAGCGGACAAGGUGCCUUAUCUCCCAGCUACGAAGGGAGCCUCCACACCUUACAAAACAAGAUGGAAGACAGGUUGGAUGAAGCCAUCCACGUGCUGAGGAAUCACGCCGUGGGCCAGACCGCUGCCAUGCCCAGCAACCACGGGGACAUGCAUGGGCUGCUGGGCUCAGCACCAGCUCACAGUGCCACUGUGGGCAGCCUGGCCCAGGCCUUCCCUGCCUCAGUCAUGUCCCUGGGGAGCAGGCACCCAAGCCUGGUGGGAGGAGGUCACCCUGAAGAUGGGCUGUCCAGCAACCCCAGCAUGCUCCACAACCAUGUCUCACUUCCGUCCCAGCCCAGCUCACUCCCUGACCUCAGCAGGCAGCAGGACACAUACAGCGCAGGCUUGUCCGGGGGGCUGGGCAGAAGCAGCGUCUCCUCGGGCACCAGUGAAAUAAAGAGGGAAGAGAAGGAGGAUGAGGAGAACACAUCAGUGGCUGAUAACUCAGAGGAGGAGAAGAAGGAGCUGAAGCCCUCCCGGAACAGAACAAGGUGCUCUUUGAACAGUCAAGAUGAGGAUGAGGAGGACGAUCUUCUUCCCCCAGAGCAAAAAGCCGAGAGAGAGAGAGAGAGGAGGGUCGCCAAUAAUGCCCGCGAGCGCCUGCGGGUCCGGGACAUCAACGAGGCCUUUAAAGAGCUCGGACGCAUGUGCCAGCUGCACCUAAACAGCGAAAAACCGCAGACCAAACUGCUAAUCCUCCACCAGGCCGUAUCAGUCAUACUGAACCUGGAGCAACAAGUCCGAGAGCGCAACCUGAACCCUAAAGCAGCCUGCUUGAAGCGCCGGGAAGAGGAGAAAGUGUCUGGAGUGGUAGGAGAUCCCCAGAUGACACUUUCAGCUUCACAUCCUGGUCUAGGAGAUGGUCACAACCCUGUUGGACACAUGUAAAGAUCUUUUUGUUCCUCUGGACCCAGAGAGCUGGAAGAAGCAGAAGAAGCAGAACAAGAAGAAGAAGAAGAAGAAGAAGAAACCACCACCAAACCAACUGAAAAACAAAAGCCCUGGGUGUGACCUGCAAGCUUUCUGGGAACCACAAACUGUAGCCCUGCCAAACACUUGACAGCAAGGUGGACGGAUCCUGGCGUGACGUAAGGGGGUGGAAAGCAGUCAAAAACAA